CCCUCGAGAGCUCUCUUCAUUUCUAUACUGUGCGCCUGCUGCUUCUUCCACGCAACAAACAACAAAAUGUCUUCUGGUUCCGCCCAGCCUUUUCUCUCUGCACUCUCAUCUCUUCGACGAACCACCUCCUCUUCUCUUUCCAUUAUUAAUCAAUCACCGCGAGUUUGGCUAUUCGGGGCUAAAGAUAAAAGAUUUUUUCGCUCCAAAAGCAUUACGGUUUCAAAACCCCGAACUCAAGAUCUCGUGUUACAAAAUAAUGAUCUGCUUCUGAAGCGGCCCGAGAGUGUGGAGGACGACAUAGAAGGAGAUGAAGCAGAGGACGACAUAGAAGGAGAUGAAGCAGCUCCUAUGGAUUUUAAAUUGAUUAAUAAGAUCAAGGAACAUGUUGAAUUCAUUAGAUCAAUGUUGGCUUCGAUGGAGGACGGGGAGAUAUCAAUCUCGGCAUACGACACCGCAUGGGUGGCUUUAGUGGACGAUGUUGAGGGUGAGGGAAGUGGUCUGCCUCAGUUUCCAUCCACCCUCGAUUGGAUUGCCAACAAUCAGCUCCUAGAUGGCUCUUGGGGCGAUAGUGAAAGUUUCACUGCUCAUGAUCGCAUCAUCAACACCAUAGCUUGCGUUGUAGCACUCAAAUCGUGGAACGUUCAUCCUGACAAAUGCAAAAAAGGAAUGGCAUAUUUCAAGAAGAACAUAAGUAAUCUUGGGAACGAGAAUGCUAAGCACAUGCCGAUCGGGUUUGAAAUUGUUUUUCCUUCAAUUAUUGAAGUAGCUCGGAGUUUAAACCUGGAAGUACCUGAUGACAGUCCUGUGUUGAAUGAGAUUUAUGCCAUGAGAAAUCUAAAGCUCAAAAAAAUACCGAGGGAAAUAUUGCACAAAGUGCCCACAACACUGCUCUACAGCUUGGAAGGAAUGGCAGAUUUGGACUGGGAAAAGCUUCUAAAACUGCAGUCCCAAGAUGGCUCUUUCAUGAUGUCGCCGGCUUCCACUGCCUAUGCCCUCAUGCAGACCAGAGAUCCAAAUUGCUUGGCUUAUUUGGCCCAGGUCGUUCACAAAUUCAACGGCGGAGUCCCUAAUGUAUACCCAGUCGACUUGUUCGAACAUGUAUGGGCUGUGGAUCGACUGCAGCGCUUAGGAAUCUCUAGACAUUUCGAGCCACAACUUAAGCAAUGUAUUGAUUACAUAAAUAGAUAUUGGACUGAGAAAGGAAUAGGUUGGGUCAGAAAUUCGGAGAUUCGGGAUAUUGAUGACACAUCCAUGGGAUUCAGACUACUCAGGUUGUAUGGCCACCAAGUAUAUGCUGAUGUGUUCAAGAAUUUCAAGAAGGCCAAUGAGUUCAUCUGCUUGGCUGGACAAAGCACACAAGCUGUGACUGGAACGUACAACUUGUUUAGGGCUAGUCAGGUGUUGUUCCCAGGAGAGACGAUCCUUGAGGAGGCUAAGGAGUUUUCCACAAAAUUUCUCAGAGAAAAACAAGCUUCCAAUGAGCUGAUAGACAAAUGGGUCAUCAUGAAGGACUUGCCCGGCGAGGUGGAGUACGCACUGGAUGUUCCAUGGUAUGCGAGCUUACCUCGACUGGAGGCUAGAUUCUACAUCCAACAGUACGGUGGAGGAGAUGACGUUUGGAUUGGCAAGGUUCUCUACAGGAUGCCAUACGUGAACAAUAAUUUGUAUCUCGAGCUGGCAAAACUGGACUACAACAAUUGCCAAACACUGCAUCUGAUUGAAUGGGACAACAUUCAAAAGGGGUACGCAGAAUGUAAACUUGAAGACUAUGGAUUGAGUAGAAGAAGCCUCCUCUUGGCCUAUUUUGUUGCUGCGGCCAGUACUUUUGAACCGGAAAGAUCCAACGAACGGCUUGCAUGGGCUAAAUCGACUUCCUUAAUUGAGACAAUUGGGUCUCAUUUCAAGGAGGAAACUCCUGAACAAAGGAGGGCAUUUGUGCAUGAAUUCAGAACUACGAAGAUGAAUACAAACAAGAAACGGCAGGGACUUAUUGAGACCUUGCUGGCAACCAUACACCACUUCUCAAUGGACGCAAUGGCAGCGCAUAGCCAAAACAUCAGCCACCCUCUCCGCCAAGCUUGGGAAAACUGGCUUCUGAAGUGGCAAGAGAAAGGAGAUAUGCACCAAGAUGAAGCCGCGCUGCUGGUGGAAACGAUAAAUCAAAUCGCUGGCAUUUCGCUUUCAGAGGGGCCGUUGUUGUCCAAUGAUCUAGACCAUAACCAACUUUUGAAGAUCACCAACAGAGUUUGCAACAGACUUCCCUGCUACCAAAACCAAAAGCACAAGGUGAAUAAAAACGGCAGCUACAUCGUAACAACCAAGGAAAUCGAAUCAGACAUGCAGCAACUCGUGCAAAUGGUGCUCCAAAAGCCUUUGCACGGUGCAGAAUCUUCGACCAAGCAAACCUUUUUCAUAGUUGCGAGGAGCUUUUACUAUUGUGCAUACUCAGACCCUGAAACCAUCAACCACCACAUCACCAAAGUACUAUUCGAGAGAGUAAUUUGAUCCUUCUGUAUAGGAUUGGUGGAAAAUUAUAUAUAAAUUGUGGGUUAUGUUUAUGGAGGAUGAAAGAUUGUUGUAAGGCACGUUUGUUUGAUGAGUGAUUUUCGUUAAGGGAAGUAAUUUCCCGCACACCCCUAUUGAUGUAUAUUCUUGAUUCUCCUUUGAUUUCUUUAAACUUGAAGACCAGAAAUAAACAGAUGUGUUGGGGGAAAAACUUGAUAUAUAAA